AGGAAGAACAUGGGUCAUUCACUGUAGUUCAUUACAGUGAUCAUGAAACCAACGUAGAAAAAGCACCCCAAUUCCGAGCACUGAAUUUGAACAAUUCAAAAUGAAACUGCGAACCCAAAACCACCGAGGAAGAAGCACACAGCUUAUUCUUCUUCUUCUUCUUGCUGUUGCGAUUCUGUGUGACAUUUGCAUAGCUGAAAGCAGUGAUGGAGAUACACACAUCAAAGAAGGCCCAGAUUCUGUGGUUUGGGUGGUUCAGCUUUCCGAUCUUCAUUUCAGCGUUCACCAUCCAAAUCGAGCCCUCGAUUUCGCCGAAUUUGUGGGCCCCGCUCUCUCCGUCAUCAACCCCUCCCUCGUCCUCAUCACUGGCGACCUCACUGACGGUAAAAGCAAGGAUUUGCUGACAAUGAGGCAGAAUGAGAAUGAAUGGGUGGAAUACCGGAGCGUACUGGACACUGUUAUUGGGAGAAGUGGACUCGACAAGAGCUUGUUCUUUGACCUCAGAGGCAACCAUGAUAGUUUUGGUGUUCCGUUUGUUGGUUGUUCUUCUGAUUUUUUUUCUAAAUACAGCAUCAGUGGGCAAUUAGGAAGAAGUGGGCGUGUCAAUAGUGUCACAAUUGAGACCAAAGAAAGAAAACAUCUCUUUGUUGGGUUUGACAGCACAAUGUCAACUGGCUUACGAGGUCCAACCAAUCUGUUUGGGCAUCCCACAGAUCAAUUACUAAAGGAUCUAGACUUGAAACUCUCACAGUGGGAUUCUCAGUCAGAAAAACCAGUUACCAAAAUUUCCUUUGGGCAUUUUCCACUCUCAUUUUCUGCGCCCUCUAUUUCUGGAAGGACCUUGGAGGAUGUUUUCCUAAAGCAUUCCAUAUCAGCUUACCUGUGUGGGCAUCUCCAUACUGGAUUUGGUGUGAACUUAAAGCGGCACCAUCAGUUGAGUGGUCAUUUUUCUCCCUUGCAAAAAAAAAUUCAGUUCAAUAUACAUCAGAGAUCAUUUGAAAGUACUGUAAAUUGUUCGAUGGGAGUCACACCAAUUCAAGACUUUUGGGAGUGGGAGAUGGGUGAUUGGAGGAAGAGUAGAGCCUUUCGAAUUUUAGCCAUUGAUAGAGGCCAUGUUUCAUAUGUUGAUGUUGAUUUCAAAUCGGGAACCAAACCUGCAAUUAUAUUGCCCACUUUUCCAUUAGACUCUCGCUUCAUGAUAACAUCUUCAUGCCGUCACAACUAUGAAUGUAAAUCUGUGCUCCCUUCAUCUUAUGAGAAAAUUCGAGCUCUGGUGUUUUCUUUUGCCCCAGUUGCAUCAGUUGUAGCUAGGAUCUACGACUCAAAAUCUGGAAACCUUGAUUUAGUAUUAGAAACACAUAUGAUCAGGCAUGCUGAUGAGAACACCACGGGAGACCUCUAUCUUGCACCAUGGAAUUACAAAGCCUUUGAGGAUGCUUCUCCUGAUAGAUAUUGGCUUCAAAUUGAAGCAAAUGACAGUGCAGGCAGAUCAACUUUGACUGAAUUGAGGCCUUUUUCUAUCAAUGGUCUUAGCCUCAAACUUUCUUGGAGCUGGAAGGAGUUCAUGGUCAUGGGGUGUCAAUGGGCUGCCCUAUACUACCCAAUAUUCUGGUCUGCUCUUUACUUUUUCUUCUUAUUCCUUCUUCUUCCAAAAGCUCUCCUUGUUUUUCUAGACAAGAGAUACACUUACAAGAACUUCAUUGUCAAUAAAGGCUUGGUAAAUGGUGUAUUAUGGUUUCUCCAGGAGCUGUGCAGGAUCAACACAUUAUGGUUUGGUUGGAUAGCGUACCUAUUUUAUCUGAUAUUGUCCCCCUGGUUUAUGGGGCAAGUUUUUAAUGAAGGGGAAAAUAUGGUAUACAUGACCUAUAUGGGGUGGGCCAUAGAGACUUCUAAUGGAGAGAGGAAGCUUGAGUAUGUUGGAUCUCCUGAUAUCAUAGUGGUGGUUCUUCCCCAUCUAUUAUACGUGGUUUUGCCUGCAAUUUUGAUCACUGGUGCUCUGACAGCAGAAAGAGCAAUUUUCCGGGAACAUGUGUUAGCAUUCUUAGAGAAGAAGAAAGAUGACCUUCGUAUGGACUCUAGAAAAACUGUAUUAAAUGACCACCAUAGCAGCAUAGUAUCAAACGUUCACCUUUACAAGAGAUGGAUUAGGAAGCUUCUGUGUGUGGUGUGCCUGGCAAUUUGUUGGAAACAUUUUAUGAACUGCAGAACUCUUCUAAAAGCUUAUGAGAUGAACCCAGUUCUCCAUUUUCUGGGCUAUGGUAUUUCAGUUCCCUUCUUGUUGGCAAAUGCUAUCAUCAAAACCAGAAACGCUGGAUGAAACUUGUUCCAGAGGUUCACCUGCAUGUCUCCAUGUUAUGACAACAACCAGAGGAAACACUUGUGGUUGAAGCUGGCUGGGUUCUACAAACAUUAUAGACUCAUCAACUAGUUGUUUGGUAUGUUCAACCACCCAAGAAAUUACCUCAUUCACUAUUACGUUUUUGUGUCAGAAUUCAUAGGGCUUGCCUUAGUUUACGCUAAUAGUUGUUAGAAGCACCAAAAAGGACCUAUCUAAUAUGCACUGUGGUAGUGGUUUAACAUGGGUUGAAGAAGUAUGCAACUGGAUUUUUGUGACUCUUACAGUAUUCAACAAGGUUUAGAAUAUAAGUUUAUUAAUUCACUGUUGAA